AUGGAAAUCCUAGUCCUAGGUCUUCCGCGCACUGGCACGCAAUCCCUUGCAGACGCCUUGAAUAUAUUAGGCUACCCGAAUAUCUACCAUAUGCGUGAGGUGGGCAAGAACCAGCAUCAGGCCAAGUGGAUCGAGGCACUGGAAGCUAAAUUCGAGGGGAAAGGCAAGCCGUUCGGACGUGAGGAAUUUGAUAGUUUUUUGAGUGGGUAUAAUGCUGAAGAUAUGUUUGUUGACUCAUACCAGGGCGUCGCCGACUACCCCGCGGCCAUCUUCCCCUGCGAACUCAUAGCCGCAUACCCCAACGCAAAAAUAAUCCUAAGCACCCGCGACGAAGAUAAAUGGUACGCCUCCAUGCUCGCAACCCUCUGGCACAAAUGGAGCACCAGCAAAAGCGCUUCCGAUCCAGCACCGAGCCCCAUGCGUCCCCUCUCAGACAAAUACCAGACGCUGGUUUGGGGUGGAGAUUUCCCUGCUCGUGGCCGCGCGCAGUUCCGUGCGCAUAAUGCCCUUGUGAGGAGCUGUGCUGGCCCUUCUGAGCAAGAGGGGGGGUUCUUGGAGUGGGAUCCGAGGGAUGGAUGGGCGCCGUUGUGUGAGUUUUUGGGGAAGGAGGUUCCUAAGGUGCCGUUUCCUAGGGUGGAUGAUUGGUUGGAGUAUAAAAUGUUACAUUCGACAUAG